AUGGAUAAUACAUCAUUCUCAUUGCCCCCGACGCGUCGAACGAACCAAGCCUGUGAUGCUUGCAAACUCAGAAAGGUCAAAUGCAAUGGUCAAGCAAAAUGUCAACAAUGCAGUCAUCUCAAUCUACGCUGCGUCUAUUCUGCGCCCAAGCCAAGGACAAAGACUUUGAAACGCGGAAAACUCAUCGCUCAAUACAAGGAAACCACAAAUGGACGCGCCGGAACUUCAGACUCGAGUACAGCUCUACCGUCACCCUCUAUGAUCACGCAUGAUGCCGCUUUCUUUACCAGUUUCUUGGAUGAUUAUGACGUUUCUGUCUAUCCUGUCAAUCCUAUCAUGACUGUCGACGAUGUACUGGCCUCAAUCAGAGAAAUGGACCAAAGCGCCGAAGCAAAAACCUUUGUAUAUGCUUACACAGCCAUCACGAUUGCCUUGACCAACAAAAGUCCGGAUGGUUCGACUGACUCUCAGUCGCAAGUAAGAUUUUGGCUCGAGGAACUCAUCAAAGCCAGAGCAGCUAUUGCAUUUGACGAGAAGAUGUCUGUUCGAAGGGUCAUGAUCAGCCAGUUUGCUCACAUCUCUCUCAUGUGCCUUACCAACAUGGACAUGUCUUUCUACUACGUUCGCGAAUCCAUCACCAUGAUUCAAAUGCUACGUAUCGGCCACCCAGAAGUCAUGGAAAAGCUCAACUCGAGUGAACGUGCUCGUAGACAAAGGUUGUAUUGGGAGGUCUUCAUCCACGAACGAUAUCUGGCCAUAUCCAACUAUCGGCCUGUAGUCCUACCGCCGUUGCCCGAUCUUCCAGAAUUUGAUCCAUCAAUACCGCCUGGUGUACACGAAGGCUUCCUGCAGAUCAUCCGUCUCUUCCGUUUGAUUGAUGAAGGUUUCCUCGCCAACUGGUUCGGAACCACAACAGUAACACGAGAAUGGAUCGACAGCAAACACAAAGAGAUUGAUGAAGAGCCAGUCGGAAACGAAGCCCACUUCGGCGUGACACCUUUGACAGAUAUGCAACAAGCAGACUUGAUUGUGACCAAACACUGGAUGAGAAUGUUGGUGUGGCAGAUGGCCAUGUCUAAAUGCUUGCUAAGCUCGAAUUCAUCAAAAGAAUCUCUGUCUUUGUCUUUUCCAGUACGGUUGUCAAUACAAUUACGAGCUCUCAUGACGAGGUUUUCUCGCCAAGCGAUUGAGAUUCAUGGCUCGGGUAUACAACAAAAACUGUUCGAGCUGACCGAUACGAUCGCCAAUGUCAUCAUCACUGUUCCCGCAACUACUGUUCAGGAGACGGCUGGUCGAGUCGACGAUUUCACUUUUCUCAUUGGCUUUCUGUUUUCCCUGCCAAGCUUUGACCCUGUUCAGAAGGACAUUCUGCAGAACAAGUUGGAGCAGCUACAGUCGCUCUUUCCCUACUCAGCAAGCGAAGCCGGCGCAUCGCCUGCGGCCAGCGAUGUUACAUACACGUCGAGUGGCAAACCCCCGCACCAUGAUCUGCCAUCGCCUCCAUCGCGUGUCGUCUGGCAUGAAAUGGCGAAAAAGUUGUCGAUGGCUCAGCCACGAGAAACGCAUCGAUCGGAUUUGGCACGCCUUGUUGAAGGUGUUUGA